UCAGUACCCAGCAGAAGCUAGAAUAUCAAAAUGGAUUACAAAUAUGCCAAUGCUGGAAUAGAACUCCUGCUGGCUCACAUGAACAUAGAGAAUAUCAUUGACGCUGUUGAGAAUCUCUAUCACACCGAGGAGGAAGAGGCUGGGGCGUCGUGUGAGGAGGGUCUCUCUCAGGAGGAGAUGGACGAGAACGAGGAGACUGUGGAUGAUUCAGGGGACGAAGUGACAGCGGUGACAGGAGGGACCCAGGGGACACAGCAGGGGAAUGGUGGUGGUAGGGUAAGGUACGGGACGGUGUCGGACUUGCUCUCUUUCGUCAACCUGAUCUCUAACAUGCAGCCAGAAGCACUGCAGCGCCAGCCUGAGGAGAUGGGUGUGUUACUGAACAAGGUGAGACUUCAGGACAUUAGUGUAUUUUUUUUGUAUGUUGUUGUAUCUGUCCCCACAAAGGUCUCAUUAGAUACUUUUAGUGUAUGUGGACACCUGCUCGUCGAACAUUUCAUUUCAAAAUGUUGGAACAUUGCUGCGGGGACUUGCUUCCAUUCAGCCACGAGAGCAUUAGUGAGGUUGGGCACGGAUGUUAUGCGAUUAGGCCUGGCUCGCAGUCUGCGUUCCAAUUCAUCACAAAGGUGUUCAAUGGAGUUGAGGUCAGGGCUCUGUGCAGGCCAGUCAAGUUCUUCCACACCGAUCUCGAUAAACCAUUUCGGUAUUGACCUCUGUUUGUGCACGGGGGCAUUGUCAUGUUGAAACAGGAAAGGGCCUUCCCCAAACUGUUGCCACAACGUUGGAAGCACAGAAUCGUCUAGAAUGUCAUUGUAUGCUGUAGCAUUAAGAUUUCCCUUCACUGGAACAAAGGGGCCUAGCCCGAACCGUGAUAAACAGCCCCAGACCAUUAUUCCUCCUCCACCAAACUUUACAGUUGGCACUAUACAUUCGGGCAGGUAGCGUUCUCCUGGCAUCCAGCAAACACAGAUUAAUCUGUCAGACUGCCAGAUGGUGAAGCGUAAUUCAUCACUCAAGAGAAUGCGUUUCCACUGCUCCAGAGUCCAAUGGCGGCGAGCUUUACACCACUUCAGCCGACGCUUGGCAUUGCACAUGGUGAUCUUAGGCUUGUGUGCGGUUGCUCUGCCAUGGAAACCCAUUUCAUGAAGCUCCAGACAAACAGUUAUUGUGCUGACGUUGCUUCCAGAGGCAGUUUGGAACUCGGUAGUGAGUGUUGCGACCAAGCACAGACGAUUUUUACAAACUACGCACUUCAGCACUCGGCGGUCCCGUUCUGUGAGCUUGUGUGGCCUACUACUUCGAGGCUGAGCAGUUGUUGCUCCUAGACGUUUCCACCUAACAAUAACAGCACUUACAGUUGACUGGGAUAGCUCUAGCAGGGGAGAAAUUUGACAAACUGACUUGUUGGAAAGGUGGCAUCCUAUGACGGUGCCACGUUGAAAGUCUCUGAGCUCUUCAGUAAGGUCAUUCUACUGCCAAUGUUUGUCUAGUAUGAAAAAUGUAUGCACUCACAAAUUGUAAGUCGCUCUGGAUAAGAGCGUCUGCUAAAUGACUAAAAUGUCAAUUGGAUCACUAUGGAGAUUGCGUGGCUGGGUGCUCGAUUUUAUAAACCAGUCAGCAACGGGUGUGGCUGAAAUAGCCGAAUCCACUAAUGUGAAGGUGGUGUCCACAUACUUUUGUAUAUACAGUGUAUCAAAGUUGAUUUGUCAUAUGCAAAGGACAAUGGAAUGCUUAGAAGUGGCAUUGUGUGUAUACAGUGCCUUCGGAAAGUAUUCAGACCCCUUGACUUUUUCCACAUUUUGUUACGUUACAGUCUUAUUUUAAAAUGGAUGAAAUAAAUAAAAAUCCUCAGCAAUGUACCCCCAUAAUGACAAAGUGAAAACAGGUUUUUAGAAAUGUUUGCAAAUGUAUUUAAAAUAAAAAACAGAAACACCUUAUUUACAUAAGUAUUCAGACCCUUUGCUAUGAGACACGAAGUUGAGCUCAGGUGCUCAAUUUGAUCAUUCAUGAGAUGUUUCUACAACUUCAUUGGAGUCCACCUGUGGUAAAUUAAAUUGAUUGGACAUGAUUUGGAAAGGCACACACCUGUCUAUAUAAGGUCCCACAGUUGACAGUGCAUGUCAGAGCAAAAACCAAGCCAUGAGGUCGAAGGAAUUGUCUGUAGAGAGGAUUGUGUCGAGGCACAGAUCUGGGGAAGGGUACCAAAACAUUUCUGCAGCAUUGAAUGUCCCCAAGAACACAGUAGCCUCCAUCAUUAUUAAAUGGAAGAAGUUUGGAACCACCAAGACUCUUCCUAGAGCUGGCCGCCCGGCCAAACUGAGCAAUCGGGGGAGAAAGGCCUUGGUCAGGGAGGUGACCAAGAACCCAAUGGUCACUCUGACAGAGCUCUAGAGUUCCCCUGUGGAGAUGGGAGAACCUUCCAGAAGGACAACCAUCUCUGCAGCACUCCACCAAUCAGGCCUUUAUGGUAGUGUGGCCAGACGGAAGCCGCUCCUCAGUAUAAGGCACAUGACAGCCCGCUUGAAGUUUGUCAAAAGGACCUAAAGACUCUCAGACCAUGAGAAACCAAAAUUGAACUAUUUUGCCUGAAUGCCAAGCGUCACGUCUGGAGGAAACCUGGCACCAUCCCUACGGUGAAGCAUGGUGGUGGCAGCAUCAUGCAGUGGGAUUGUUUUUCAGCGGCAGGGACUGGGACACUAGUCAGGAUCGAGGCAAAGAUGAACGGAGCAAAGUACAGAGCGAUCCUUGAUGAAAACCUGCUCCAGAGCGCUCAGACUGGGGCGAGGUUUCACCUUCCAACAGGACAACUACCCUAAGCACACAGCCAAGACAACGCACGAAUGGCUUCGGGACAAGUCUCUGAAUGUCCUUGAGUGGCCCAGCCAGAGCCUGGACUUGAACCCGAUCGAACAUCUCUGGAGAGACCUGAAAAUAGCUGUGCAGCAACACUCCCCAUCCAACCUGACAGAGCUGCAGAGAAGAAUGGGAGAAACUCCCCAAAUACAGGUGUGCCAAGCUUGUGGUGUCAUACCCAAGACUCUUGAGGCUGUAAUUGCUGCCAAAGGUGCUUCAACAAAGUACUGAGUAAAGGGUCUGAAUACUUAUGUAAAUGUGAUAUUUCAGUUAUUUUCUAAAAACAUUUCUAAAAACCUGUUUUUGCUUUGCCAUUAUGGGGUAUUGUGUGCAGAUUGAUGAAAAAAACAACAAUUUAAUCAAUUUCAUAAUAAGGCUGUAACCUAACAAAAUGUGGAAAAAGUCAAGGGGUCUGAAUACUUUCCCAAGGCAGUGUAAGUGUGAUUGAAACUGUCUGUCCCUACGUCUGUUAGUCAAUCAGUCUGUCUGUGUGUCUGCGAGUAUGUGUAUGUAUGUGGUCAAGUAUAGAUAGUCUGUCUGUAGGGUUAUUUAAAGCCUUUACUGGUUCAGCAGCACCACAUUUCCCUACUUCUGUGCAGAAACACAUGGUGCUGAAGAAGGGUCGCUAUCGCAUCGAUUUGGAUGUGCUUCUUUUUCCAUGGAUGUGGACCUACAAGACUCCAGGCUCCGGCGGCCAUGUUCCAAAGGGCUCAUUUGGAAAAGUUCACUUGGCCCAGGAUACCGUUACCAGGAAGAGAAUGGCAUGCAAACUGGUGAGUCAAUGAGUCUGCGUGCAGGAAUGUCUGGCAUGUUUGCAGAGUGGAUUUCUCGAAACUGACGCUGGCCGGUCUAUGUGCCAAGAUUGAUUUCAGGCAGGAAGUUUUGUUUUCAAAGCAAUAGAAACUAAUUUGUUAGGCCAAUAUCAAGGCAGAAUGUCACGUGAAGUCAGUCAGGUCUUUGCACCCAAACACUUUGAAACCUGCAACAACAGAACAUCUAAAACGAGGAACACUAUGUACUGUAGAAAUAUACAAAUAUUUAUUUGCGUCGUCUCAAAAGCCAGUAUUGCAGAUAGAAACUGAAAGUAUUUGGCUGGUUAACCCACAGGAAACCCCCCACAGUAACAGCUCUGGGUUAAAACAAUAACAAAUGUAGUGGACAAGAAUCAAAGGGCAUCAUAGAAUGUCACCUUUACAGCAUGUUUUUUCUGCUCCUAUUCUCAUACCAAAUGAUUAGGAAGUAAGUAGCCUUGUGCGAGCUGUAACAGCAGCCUAUCUCCUGUUUCUGUAGUGAGGCAGCUUGAUGUACAAGUACGACCCUGGAGAGGACGCUAGUCUAUCGCAGGGCCUUACCACUAAUCUAUCUCCUUAGUGCCGAGUGUCAAGCAAAGACGCAUCAGGUCCCAUUUUUACAGUCUUUGGUAUGACUCGGCCAAGGAUUGAACUCCCAACCUUCCAAUCUCAGGCGGGCACUCUAAUCACAACUGGUAUUUCACCUGGGGUAGAAGAGAGGAUAUAGCAUUUAUAUUAUUUCUGCCCACAAAUAGUUACACACGAUGGGAGUGGCCUCCUGGUCUGGUUAUUCCAUCGUCAGUGGAAUGUUUACAUACUAAAGACUUUGUAGAUACUUUGCAUAAUAGACAUACUUUACUGUAGAUGUCUAAAUCUCUUUUUAAAUAGAAUGUCUAUAGAAUGUUUUUUAUGCCUUAAUGGUUAUAUUCAUACACCUAGAUCCCCAUGGAGCAUUUCAAACCAGCCGAUGUGGAGAUCCAGGCCCGGUUCCAUCACGAGAACAUUGCAGAGCUCUACGGCGCUCUCCUCUGGGACCAGAACAUCCAUCUGUUCAUGGAGGCCGGCGAGGGAGGCUCGGUUCUGGAGAAACUAGACAGCUGUGGACCCAUGAGGGAGUUUGAGAUCAUCUGGGUCACCAAGCAGGUCCUCAGGGGCCUGGAGUAUCUGCACUCUCACAAUGUCAUCCACCACGACAUCAAACGUGAGUGGAAAGUGCCCAAAACAAACGUUAAAAAACGCACAUUAGAACACUCAAUUAGUAAGCAUAAGAGUGAGCGUAAGUAAGUUAUAGGCCUGUAGCCUUUGCUUUUACCAGGGUUUAGAAAGCCAGGUUUUCUCAACUUCUAACCCCAAAUACAUCAAAAAUGGAACCCAGGUAUGUCUCCAAAACACAUGCACACUAGGAGUAUGUGUGGCCUCCACUGGGCACAAGCUGGUUAAAUCAACGUUGUUUCAACGUAAUUUGUCAACGUAUUAUGACAUGGAAUCUACGUGGAAAAUACAUUGGAUUUGAAAAAUCAAUAGUUUUUGAGUGUAACAUUUCAACCACAGGAUUAUGUCAUCAUGGUAACCAAUUUUCAACAGAGACAAACCUUGUAUAAAGUCUGUUGAAUUUUUACAUUUGAAACAACGUCAGAUCUUCAACGUUAUAGCCACUAAAAUAAAAAAAACUAUAGGCUGGGUUGGCUGCACCUCCUACUGGAGAGUUGAGCUAUCUACAGCUAUUUCUUUCUGUCUCCCAUCCAGGGUUUUAACCAAACCCAGCUUUGAUAUUUGUCACUGGCUAUUACCAAUGUGCUAUUGUGAGAAGGAUUGUGGAGAAAUCUACACUUAACAGAUUCACUGACACUAUCAAAUUAAUUCCAAAUGAUAGGUUCAACAGAGCAAAUGAAAUGUAACCAUACUUGAUGAAUCAUGUAUUAUAAAUUAUGCUUUUAAGGCCUAUAUAGCAUUUGGUCAGUCAUCAACAGCUGUUGUUUAAAUUCAGCCCAUGUAGGCCUAGAGUUUCAAGCUUUGGUUGAUUUCAAAUGGAAUCUACGAGAUAAUAAUACGAAUGUUGGAUUCAAGUCUUCAUCUCAACCAAAAAUACAAGUUCAAGAAUUGAAUCAAAUUAAACUGUCAAUAUUUGAUUUUAUUUAGUCCUAUUCUUUUACUUAGAUUUUGGUCGAAAUGGAGACGUGAAUCCAACAUGUCAAUUAUUAAUUUGUAGACAAACUGGGAUUAAAGCAAGACUCAGUGGCAAAGAUGGAGCUAUCCAAGCAGAAUAUACAUCUUCUUCAAAAGUUGAUAUUAGGUUGUAUUGACAACCAAACACAAUUCAAUAUCACUUUUGCAAUACGGUAAAUAGCCUAUUAACUGUCGACAAGUUAAAAAUGCAUGUCUCCAUCUCAACCAAAAAUUAAAGUUAAAGAAUAGGAUUAAGCCAGUGGAUCAGAGGGAACUAUCAAGCAGUAGAAUUGUGUUUGAUUGCAUUGUCAACCAAACACAAUUCAAUAUUACUUUUGUAAGACAGUAAAUAGCCUAAAGUUAAGUCUAUCUUACAAACUAAUGUAACAUUCAACCUUAAAAUGUGUAACACAUCCAUGGCCAAAUUUUGAGGUUACUGUAACAAAUGUAUUCUUAUAUAAUCAUAGAAAGCAUGCAUGUUCAGUGUCGAAGGUCUUUGGAAAUCUAAACAAUUGCUAUAAUAAUCUGCACAGAUUCUCGAACGGCAUUGAUCCCUUGCACCAUGUACUUUAAUGUAAUUUAUACUAACUACAAUCCAGGUCAUUUGGUUCUGCUAAUAGAUGAAGCACAGUGAUAACACAUUACGUUGUUGUAUAAAUAAACUAAAAACCAGACAUUGAUUUUCCAUUGGAAUUUGGUUGUGCUUUUAGAUGGUUGAAAGCAUAGUGACAACACAUUGGGAAUUCAAGAAUCUUUUGGCUGUCGUUUUGAGUGGUUGAAAUCUCAUUGAUCAACUUAUGUAACAAAUAUUGCCCAAUAUCUCCACAUUGAAAUGACAUGGUGUGCCCAGUGGGCUGUGACUGUCAUUAUCCACUUUAUGUGAAAUGUAACCAAGAUAGGAAAGGACUUUAGAGGAAACUGCACCUUGAACCAACGGCUUCACAGGAAACUCAACCAUAGACAACAAAGAAACCAUGUUAGGCCUUGUAAAAAGGCAGGAUGAAGCUGUGGUGUUGCUGACGGUGUUCAGGUCACACAGGUAGCUAAAGUUGUAUAAGUUAUGUUCCAAAUGGCACCCUAUCCCCUAUUUAGUGCAUUAGCUUUAACCUGGUCAAAAGUAGUGCACUGUAUAGGUAAUAGGGUGCCAUUUGGGAAAAACCCCAGUAUCUGCUUAGCUAGCUACUGAGAUUGCUGAAACACAGGAUGUUUGAGUGAGAUAGAUUAGACAGCAAGGCUAGGGCUGCAGGCAGGUGGCAGUGAGCUGUCCAUUGCACGUGAGAUUUGCUUCCAAGAUUGUAGUGAGCCAUAGUCUGUGGAGCUACAUCUAAUAUCAGUCAAUCAGUCAAAACUGUGUUGAUAAAUGCAUAAAAACAUUUAUUUAACCAUGUAAAGACCCUUGAGGUUAGAAACCCCUUUUUUGAGGGGGACCUGGCAAGAGGUCAGCAGGAAGUAGUCGGUGUGUACAUACAACACGAGCACAAUACAAUACUGUAAAUUAAAAACAAUUACAAUGGUUAGCAACAUUUUCCUCUAUCAGAGCUUUAAACUCAGCAAGCGAUACUCUCUCCUCCAGUAAAUGUAUUGUAUUAACGUUAACUUUAUAAUGUGGGGUGUUCCCCAGUAAAAGUUAUACUAUCUAUAGGGGUUAAUGUGUUGCAUUAAACUUUAAACACAUUCAAAGACCUGUGGAUCAGUCUAUUAUCAUUCAGUCAGUCAAUCAGGGCUUGGCUAAAGACUAAAUGCACUAUAUGUAGCAUCUGGAAAUUCCAGCCAGACCCUCCUUCCCUGCAACAGGGUUAACUCUAACUGUAGGGCUGUUUACAAGAAACCAGUGAGUUAUGACUUUCUGACGUGGCACUGUAGUUCUGUGCUCUUCCUGUCCUCCAGUCAAAGGUUACAUCCCAAAUGGCACCCUAUUCCCUAUGAAGUACCCUAUUCCCUAUGUAGUGCCCAUAAGACUUUGGUCAAAAGUAGUGCACUAUAUAGGGAAUAGAGUACUUUCCUUUAGUCAAAAGCCAUUCAGAGACUCAACAUGCCUCAUAGCAUGCUCUGUGUGGGUAUGAAUUUACAUAUUACAUCAGUGCAAAUGUUGAUAUUUCUCAUUUCCUUAAAUGUACAUACAGUUCCCAUCACAUAUACUGUAUGUCAAUAGCAAUUUUAGCAAAUGAUAGAAGAAAUAUUGACCUUCGUGACAGACAUAAUACAGUAGCAAGUUAGCGCACACUAUAUUGGGUUAUGAGAUUACACUGUAUCUUGCAGCACAUGUUCUUUAGCUAUGACAUGGCUGAACUGAACAGCUUUUUUGGUGAAUCUCACUCACUCACUCACCCUCCCUCCCUCCCUCCCUCCCUCCUUUCUCUCUUCAGCCAGCAACAUCGUUCUGAUGUCAGACAAAGCGGUGCUGGUGGACUUUGGCCUGACGGUACAGAUGACAGGGGAGGUGUACACCCCUAGGGACCUGCGCGGCACAGAGGUAAGUGAUUCUGCUGUCUGCUCUCUUCAACACCCUCAGGCCUAUGACAUAACAACAAAAUACACUCUCAGGCCUGUGACAUAACAACAAAAGACACUCUCAGGUCUAUAAAAUAACAACAAAAGACACUCUCAUUGCUUUUGACAUAACAACAAAAGAUACUCUCAUUGCUUUUGACAUAACAACAAAAGACACUCUGGGGCCUAUGACAUAACAACAAAAUACACUCUCAGGUCUACGACAUGACCUACAGGGUUAGGGUCAAUUCAUUUUCAAUUCAGUCAAAAAACUUUUUUAUUGCAAUUGGAAUUUCAGUUCCUGAAUUGUGAAUUGGAAUGGAAUAUACUCCAAUCCUGGUGACCUAUGACAUUACAACAACAAGAGCAACUUCUUAAUCUGUGAGAUGUUCAAUAGGUGUGUUUAAUAGAAGGUAAAGCAGCUGUUUCUAGUUCAAGAUUGAGGUCAAGCGAUGCCUCAGGGCACUCUGAAAAUGAUUUAGUUAGAAGACGUGUCAGUGUUUGUCUCACAUGGUCUUAUAGUAAAAGAAAAGGUGCAGGGUAAUCACAUCAAACACGAAGAGAUCUUGUAUAGGUUUAUAAGUGGACUAUAGGUUUUUGUGUGUAAUGCAUAGGCUACAGAGUUGUCUCAAAUGUACAUUGAUUAUCAGUAAUAAUACAGUAGGUUGAAAGCCUUUGAACACUAGCAUUUUCAGAUUCCAAUUUACAUCCUUAUUCACAGUUCGGAAAAUCUAGGAGGAGGCAUUCAUUCUGUUCUUUCUCACGACCAUCCCUCUCCUCAUCCUCCUCUUCCUAAUCCACUCCUCUCCUCCCCUCUGUGGUGACCUAUACCCCUGGUGGCCGAGAGGGAAAGUCCCAGGGCAGAGAGACAGACAGACAGCAGUAAUAACAGGCAGGGAGAUAGCUAUCAAACAGACAGCUAGCCAACAGAGUGGAGCUGCUGCGACUAGGCUGACAUUAGCUAACAUGGGGGCAGGCUGGAAAUUCCAGUUGAGAGAUGGACUCUGGUCUGAUGUGUUUACUCUUUCACACUUCAAAGGCCGUACACAGUACAGUACAGUACAGAGCCUAACACCAGCCCAGCUGCUCUUAGGGUUCCUGUAUUAAUACAUAGUCAUAGAGACACUGUGUAUUAUUCAUGUUAUUAUUAAUGUUAUGACUGUUAUGAUUAUUAUCACUGGCGUCAUGACUACAUAAAAAAAAAAAACAUUUGAUGAAGAAAAAGAUUGGGUACUGUCCAAACACUUAUUUUCUUCUUUUACAAAUGACAUUAUGCCAUUGACCCUGUGAGUAACCGUUGACCCUGUGAGUAACAGUUGUCUUGUGUUUUCUUCCUCAGAUGUAUAUGAGCCCGGAGGUGGUUCUGUGUCGAGGACACAACACCAAGACGGAUAUCUACAGUCUGGGCACCACCAUCAUCCACAUGCAGACUGGCAGCCCACCCUGGGUCAGGAGAUACCCACGCACCUCUUACCCAUCCUACCUCUACAUAGUAAGUACCACUCUCCCGAUCUCCAUCCCUAGCCAUCCUAUCUCUACAUAGUAAGCAUCUCCUGAUAGUUCACCAAAAAACAGUAUUACAUGAUUUAUACACUUCCAAUAAAUGCACAAAUAUAGAGCUUUGAAAGUAGUAUAGCAGAAGCAUAAUCAGUGACAACUCCACUAAGUAAUGGGACAAUGGAAAGUGGACGGAUGAAGUGUAUAGAUUAGUGAAUGGUGAACAUACAGGACUUCCUCUUGCUACACUGACAUGGCUGAAGGAGGGGAAACCCCCACUUGUGGCCAGUCUUUCCUUGAAACAGACAUAUUUUAACAUCACCCGGUUCAGAUUUCUAUGGCAUAGGCCUAGAUUCUUGCAAGAUCAUUUUUCUCAAACAUCAUGUGAUCUCUUAAAGUGACUGGCUGCGUCCCAAAUGGCACCGUAUUCCCUGUAUGGUCAAAAGUAGUGCACUAUAUUGGGAAUAAGUUGCCAUUUGGGAUGCAACCUCUGUCUCUGGCACAUUAUCAGCAUACUCCCUCAGGCUCAGUACACUAGUUCUGUUUUGCUUUUAACAGUGUUUUUCAUGAUCAUGUUCCUGAUUUGAAGAGGUCCUGUUUCUCUUUUUGGAGUGGCUGCUGUUCCGGAACCUGACUUUCUGUUGCUAAAACUACUGAGAUUUCUGCGCAUUCGGGAUCCAAUAGCCUAUUUCUUUUCAGCUGCUGCUCAGUGCUCAGUCACUCCAUGACUCCGCUGCCGCCUGUACACAAAACAGUUCGAACAAACUGGCUGUUGUAACAGUAGGCUAUUGCAAACAUAAGUACGACACAAACAGGUUGAUCAACUUAGUUGAGAGUUCAGAAGAGGGUGAGAAAAGAGAGAAACGUGAAUGUGUGUGUAUAAUAACACAUGCACAGAACGUGAUUUGAGAAAGAUGUUUCCAGAGGGGUGGGACGGGGGCGGGGCGUGGGCAAAAAUUCUGUAUUUGUAGCCUCAGUCUUCUCUUUUUUAAGUGUCAUUCAUCUCUGCUUUCAGGAAGGACUAAUUCCUCAUUCUUCACUGUCAUAGGGAAGUGCUUAAGAGAGCUACUGAUUCAACUUAUUCACCUCUCCCAAUCACUGCUCCCUUGUACAUAGGGUUGCAAAUUCCGGGAACUUUCAAUAAAUUCCCUGGGUUUCCUGAUUUCUGGAAAAGCAGUGAAUUUAUUGAAUUUAUUGAAAGUUCAUGGAGUUUUGCAACCCUACUUGUACAUCAAACUUGUUUUACACUCAGUAAGUGGUGCCAGGAGAUAGCAUAGAGUUGCAGAUUAAAUGCAGGAUAACUUUUAGUCUCACCUAGCCAUCACUAUGACUAAAAAGACAAGGAAUGCCUAUAGUGAUGGUGGCUAAGUCUCGCCUAACCUGACAUCGCAUUCUUACAUUCCAUAGAUAGAAGACUGGCAUGUGAGAAUGUUGCAUCAGACCUAGUUUGGUUGUUUUCUUUAAAAACUGCUGGGUUAUUGAGAUAUGACCCAGCGGUUCAGAUCAGAAGACUGGAGGCGUAGUUUAGUUGUUUUUUUACCCAACAUUUUUUAGUGUAGAACUAUAAGAAUAGUUGUGAACCCAUAAUUAUAGGAUCUAUAUUUACAUUUUUACAUUUUAGUCAUUUAGCAGAUGCUCUUAUCCAGAGCGACUUACAGUUAGUGAGUUCAUACAUUUUUCAUACUGGCCCCUCGUGGGAAUUGAACCCACAACCCUGGCGUUGCAAGCGCCAUGCUCUACCAACUGAGCUACAGGAGGCCUAUAUGGUUCUACCACAGAAUUAGAAUGGCUUUGCUAUAAUUCUAAUUAUAUGGCUCCUCUCUCCCCUCAGAUCCACAAGCAGGCCCCUCCCCUGGAGGACAUAGCAGAGGACUGCAGCGGUGCCAUGAGGUCCUUCCUGGAGCGAGCCCUGGAGAGGAACCCUGCCCAGCGCAGCUCUGCAGCCAAGCUCCUGAGGGACGAGGCCAUCAACCCUCCCAGGGAGGAACAACCACGCUGCUGGAGCCUGGACUCAGCCCUGGUGGAGGCCUCCCACCCACUGAGGCAGCACAGCCAGCAGCCUGACACCACACAGGGUAGGGACUUCUAUAUCUUACUGUUCUAUAUCAUGGUUGUUCCCUAAAAUAGACUUUGUUCCGCAUAUUGUUCCCUACGGAUGUAGGCAGGGACUUCAAAUGUUAACUGGGCUGUGGUAAAAUGCAUACGCACUUCCUCAAGCGACACAUACACACUAACAUUUGUAUGAAACUUCAUGAGAGCAUAUGUUACCAAUAACUAUACAAUGAUCUUUUUUUGCAGAAUCUUCUCUGUACUCUGAGCCUGAGGACUCUGCCCACCUGAGGAGGAAGGGAUCGCUGUACAUCGACCUGGGGGCAAUGGCUGGGUACUAUAAUCUAGUGAGAGGUCCCCCUGCCACAGAAUAUGGCUAA